UGUUUUCCUGCAAUUUCUUUCAGGAAAGCCCAAGGUGUAUCAAGGUGUUAGAGUAAAGAUUACCGUUAAGGAGUUACUGCAGCAGAGACGAGCACGACAAGCAGCAACUGAUACAGCGCAAGGAGAGACAUCCCCUUCAGGAAAGGAUGCUAAUCCUCCAGGGAAUAACACUGCUGGCAUCACCUUCUUAGGCUGCAGUCUGUGGGUCCGAUUGGAGCUAGAGGCACCUUUUGAUGCAGAACCCAUCUCUUCUGUUCCCAACUAUUGUCCAUCAUGGCAGUUUUCAAACUGCCUGUCCUGCGAAGAAAGCCCUAGCUAUUUGGAGCAGCUGGUAGAUUCCUGUCUUCAGACAGAUGCGCCCUCAGACCCAUCCUUCAGUGCUUUCCAGAUGUCCUCGCACUACACCUCAGACACCUUCCAGUCAGUCCCGCUCUGCUUUAACCAGGGCCUGGCUGCUGGAUCCCCCAGUUCAGCUGAUCUGUCCAGCCCAUUAAACUAUAGCUGCUCGCCUCCUCAGCUGUCUCCUUUCACCCCACUGACCCACAGCCCACCCUCUGCUCUGGAAACCAAGACCUAUGGCUACCCUGCGGAGGAGUGGUCCUGCCAUACCCCCUCCCCAUACACCACCUCUGCCUGCUGCUGCACCGCCUGUGGUUCCCAGCAUGUGGACAACAGGGUCCCGCAGUACUUCCCCUGCCCCAGCACGGACUGCAUGGACUACCUACCACCCAUGGCCAUGGCCGAUGACUUCUUCAGAAGGGAUAGGAACUGUGACAUCUGCUACAGCUAA